AUGGCUGAUCCGUACAGUAUCUUGGGCUUCACCGGCCUGGCUGAGCAAGCCGUCCGCCUCAUCGCAAGUCUCAUCGAACGACACAAAGCCUACAAGGAAAACAAAACGCUCUCUACCGAAAUGCUCACCGCCUACACCACCUUGCAGGCAGACAUCACGGAGGUGAAAGACAGUCCGAUCCAUAGAACGUCGUCGCAGCACACGGGCUUUCUCCAACGUUAA